UUUAAACCAUUUCUAUUUUUGAUACUUGCACGCUUUUUCAAAAUUAAAUAUUACUUGUAAAUUUUAUUGAAUGUUCUUAAGAAGUUAAAAAGUUUUAAAAAUGAGGCAAAGAUCUAAAUCAUGCUUUGUUUCUCCUGAUGAAGUUAGAAAAUUAAAUGAUGAAGACAACAAAGAAACUAAUGACAUAAUAUCAGUGGAUACGUUUGAUAACGUUAUUACCCAAAUCAUUAGUCAAAUUCCUCAGAACGAUGAAGAGCCAUUCGAAGAAAGGUUGGAAAAAAUAAAAUGGAAGAAAAUUCAAAUUAAUCAACAUCCAUACAAAAAAAUUAAGGAGUUAGUACAUUCUGCAAUAGAAAAGGUUAGAAAACAUAGAAUAUUACUUGAGGUUUUGGAAGAUGCAAAACUUGCUUUUAAAACUCAAAAUUCAAAAGUUGACGACAUUAAAACAGUUAUAAAUAAAUUUCAUUUAGAUGAACCAAAAAAGAAGAAAGAGACUGUUAGAACACCUUUCUUUGAUUAUUAUGAUGAAAUAAAAAAUAAUGGAGGUAAAUACUUAUUGGAUUUUGACAGAGCCUUAUAA